UGUUGGGCCAAUCAACCAAACCAACAUGACGACGCCCAAAUCCAAGCAACAAUAAACACUCAAACGUUAUAUCAACUCACCGGUAACCGCCUCAAUAAACACUCAAACGUUAUAUCAACUCACCGGUAACCGCCUCAAUAAACACUCAAACGUUAACUUUUCCAAGAAGAAAUUCAUUUCUCCGGCGAGUUUCUCUUCUGUUAAUCAAACAAUGGCGACUGAGCAAUCUGUAUUAGCAAUAAUAAGAGCUUCAAGACCCAAUUUCAACAACUCAGCUGACAAAAUUGCGUUUGUCAUUCACUCAAUCUUCCUCGCAUCCGGUUUCAAUCUCAACGCCACCGGUCCUCCGGCCUUCACCGACGACGCACUCACCGCUCCUUUUAACGAUGAUGCUGGUAUUGAAGGGUGGAAUGAAGUUGAAGAUAACUAUGCGUUUGUGUACUCUAGCCCUGAUGGUUCGAAGAAAGUGGUUGUGAAAUGUCUUGUUAUGAAUAAGCAGUUGUUUGUUGAUGCUUUGGCUUUUGGUUCUUCUGAUCCUGUUCAUCUUGAGAUCAAUAUUGAUGAUUAUGCUGGAGAAAGUGAUGAUACUAAAUAUAGUUCACAGUAUAAGAACUUGGGUAAGCUUGUAGAUUCUGUUAACAAAGGGGUGGUAGCCAAAUUGAGCGGUUCUUCUAAUGCAAGCACAUCCAGUGCCACAAGUUCUGAACAAAAAGCGGAAGAUGCUGAUAGAGAUCAGCCUAGAGGGGUACCGUUUGGACUUGAAGAUCCUUAUUCUCCUUACCAUCCUUCAGGGGUGGUCAUGCCUCCGGUUUAUCCUAACAUCGGUGGUGGUGAUCUCUAUCCUCAGCCCCCUGCAGGAGUGUACCCUACCAGAGGUGGUUUUGGUGACGGUGGAAUGCUUGUUGGACCAAACGAUCCCAGAUUUUUUGGUGGUGGCGUUGGAGGAAGAAUGGGGUUCCCAGGAGGCCAGCCGGGUGUUCCACCUGGUGCUCGGUUCGAUCCUUUUGGUCCACCAGAUGUUCCUGGAUUUGAACCUAACCGGUUUGCAAGAAACCCGCGUAGGCCGCCUGGCGGAACACAUCCUGAUCUUGAGCACUUCAAUGGUUCAGAUUUCAUAUAAGAGGCAAGCAUCUGCAUCUGUUGUCUUUACUAAAGCUGGUUGUAAAUUAUAAGAUUUUGGUUCUCUACAAUGCUUUUGUUAGACUGUUUGGCAAUCGGUAUAUAUUGUAAUGACUUGGAUUAUGAGUGGGUUUGAAUAAUUUAUAAUGUAGUUCUUAAUAUUUGAUACUA